AUGUAUGAAGCUUGGAUGAAUGGGCAGGCUCCCCCAUCUUCAAUUCGGGAAUACCUAAAUGUGAAUAUGUCAUUCCCCAUUCAAGUCUCAACAAGUGACCCAAUUUAUCCACCUGGAUUUGGACCCUACGUUAACACAUCUAAUACUACUGGAACUUCCUCGGUACACCCGUUGAAUCCAUCCAUGAUGAAUAAUCCACUCUUCAUGCCAACUGCGCAAACUAAUGCAAUUCCUCAACCAACACUAGUACAAAAAUCCAAUGAUGAUCCUAUACCCAAAGAUCAAUACGGCCAAGGUCAGGCCCCUAAAUUGACUUUCAAAAUUCCUGAUUCUUACCACCACACUCAUCAAUACAGUUCCCCCAUCGAGGUUGAAAAAACCAUUAAGGACGAGGAGCAUGAAGAAAUUGCAAGAAAAAUGAGGAGUUUGGAGCAAAACAUAAGGAAUAUGCAAGGGCUGGGAGGACACAAAAGUGUCUCGUUCAAGAACUUAUGCAUGUUUCCAGAUGUUCACUUGCCUAUAGGGUUCAAAACUCUAAAGUUUGAUAAGUAUAACGGUCAUGGCGACCCAGUGGCUCAUUUGAAAAGAUUUUGUAAUCAGCUAAGGGGAGCCGAAGGAAAAGAAGAACUUCUUAUGGCUUACUUUGGAGAAAGUGUAACGGGUGUAGCCUCAGAAUGGUUUAUCGAUCAAGAUAUUUCUCGAUGGCAUGUCUGGGAUGACAUGGCGCAAGAUUUUGUCCAACAAUUCCAAUACAAUAUCGAUAUCGUUCCGGAUAGCAAUUCCCUAGCUAAUAUGAAGAAAAAAUCAUCUGAAAGCUUUAGGGAAUAUGCCAUAAGAUGGAGGGAGCAGGCGGCUAGAGUCAAACCGCCGAUGAAAGACUAUGAAUUGAUUGAUGUUUUUCUCCAGGCACAAGAACCUGACUACUUUCAUUACCUUCUUGCUGUAAUGGGAAAGCCUUUCGCCGAAGCAAUUAAGAUCGGAGAUAUGGUAGAGAACGGCAUAAAAUCGAGUAAAAUUGUAAGCCAGAUAGCCAUUAGAGCUACCACGCAAGCAAUACAAAACGGGUCAGGUAAUUUUGUAAAUCGAAAAAUGAAGGAGGAAGGGUCCAUGAUGACGUCUGGAUCGAGAGGUGUUCAAAUGGGCAUGAACCACCCUUAUGUUCAAGUCCAACAGAAACAAUCUAAUUCUCCUCAACAUUAUUACCCAUCCGAAUAUGCAGUUCUCAACACUCAAACAUAUGUCCGACCUCUUCAGUGCCAACAAUGGCGGGCACCUGCCCCACAAGGUUCUCGCCCCCAACAACAAAAUUUUCAGGCACCCCAUAAUCCACGUCCCCGGAUGGAUUAUACAAGAGAACAAGGUCGGAAAGAAAACGUUAUCCCAAUUGGAGAGUCAUAUACGAGUUUGUUGCGGAAAUUAGUACAAUUGAGAUUGGUUGAACCUGUCAAUCCCUAUUUUGUCAAUCCGAAUGCAAGAGGGCUUUGA